AUGUUCAAUAAUUUUCCAUUUUCAAAAUUUCCGUUUAUUUCUCAAUAUUUCAAUAUAACAUCUGAGGGGUGUUCAAGCAAAAUAAUGUGCUUGUAUUCACAAAUAUCAAUUAUUCUGUUUUUAUUCUGGUCGUUAAUGUUACAACUCAUCAUUGGAACGACUUGUGUCUCUAAAAAUUCACAGAAGAGUAAGAGUUCUCGAGAAACGACGUCAUCUGAAAGAGCAUGUAAACCAGCGGCAACGUCAAAAUCUUCAUUGAUUUCUGAGAAAAGUGAGAGGAGAUUAUCGAGUGAAAAAAGUAUGAAAAAGGAGAAAAUCACAGUAAUUGAUUCUCUAAAAGUACCACGCCGGGCACCGCAAGCUCAGAGAUUUACCAAUUCUAGGAUCUCAAGUAACAAUCAAGUUUCUUUGAGAAAUUCACAGAAAUCUGAAACGGAAUCUGCAAAAACUGAAAUUAUCAAUGUACCAUUGGGAAAGGCAGCAAAAGAUGAAACAUCCAGCAACAUCCUCACGCCAGCAAACAAACAAAAAACAGACUUGCACACUGCACCAACUAGAAAAGCACAAUUCGCUGAUACUUUGAAAAGAGUUAAACGAAGAGCCACAAAGCCAGAUGAUCCGGACGAAAAAACAUCGUAUAUCCCGUGAUUGUUUGGAACUUUUUGAAGAAUUGAUUAGACUUGAGCAAAAAUAAAGUCGUUGCUUAUAAAAUUUCUUUUUUAUAGUUUUAAAUACACAGAAAUAAAAUGCAAU